AUGGGCAAGGGAGGCGCCAGAAGACCGGCGACCCCGGACACCGACCUGGAGCACCUCUACGACAAGCUGGCGAAGCUCGUGAGGGAGCAGGAGCACCUGAGCUUCCACGGGUACCAGACACUGCGGCGAACCCAGGCAUGCAGUGGUGCAGACAUGGCCCAGCUGGAGAGCCUGCUCGAUGCCUUGGUGAACUGCCAGCCGCUCUUGAUCUUCAAGUACGCAGAUCUCAAGGCCACGUACCAGAAGCUCCUCCAGAACUUCCCGGCACUGAAGAGCUCGCACCCUGUGGCAGUGGGGCCGCACUUGGCUGGGAAGUACGCCGACUGGACCAUGACGCUUUGCAGCCAUGCCAGGAGGUUGCGAGAUGAGAAGCGGUUCCAGGAGGCCUCGAAGAACUUGACUAACUCGCAGGUGCAGAAGCUGACGUCGAUCAAGCAGAUGAUAGAAAACGGUGCCCUCGAGUACGGCGAGUACGAGGACAAGAAGUACACCGUGAAGUCUGGCAACAAGAAGCUGAAGAAGGUCAAGAAGGUCUUGAAGAAAGAGAAAGCAAAACAGCGAGCACAGGGAUCCUCAGAGGACACGAAGGUGAAGAAGGUGAAGAAGGCGAAGGCCACAUCUUCGGAUGAGGAGACUCUGCAGAAGCUUGCUGCUGCACCGGACAUGGCCUCGGACGACAGCAUGGACACAGCGGAGCUCCUGGACUUGGAGGUGCCGCUCACCCCGAAGAAGGACAAGAAGAAGGACAAGCUCAGAGAAGAGGCAGAAGCUGUGUCGCCUAUCCCUUCGAGAAAGAAAAGUAUCAAAACGCUGGUGAAGCAGGAGAAAAAGAAGUGCAAAGACGAGACGGAGGAGAAGGCAAAGCAGAAAGAAAAGAAAGUCUUGAAAAAGCCCGCCGCCGCAAGAAAGAUGCCGCCGAGAAUCCACUCCGGAGUCUUCAAGGAUGUGAUCCUCAUGCCUUACAAGGAAGGUCGCUGGGCAGUCCGUGUCAGAGGAGGGCGACAGCUGUUUCAGAUCUCCAAGUUCUCCGAAGCGAAGAACAAGAUCCAGGCGACCAAGCUCAUCAAGAUGCUCCAGGCUGGCACGGACUUGAAGGAGGUGCUGGCGGCCAAAGCGAAGUUGUAG